CGGUCCUCUUUCACGCACAUUCAAUUUCUUCAACCGUGCUAGGACCUCAUUGAUCGUGCACCGACGAUGGCACCGAACGAUAAAGCCGGCCGGGUGGUUUUCAUUGGUAACAUUCCUUACGGAGGAACCGAGGAGUUGAUUGUCGAUACUCUUAGCAGAGUUGGACAGGUUCUAAACUUCCGUUUGGUAUAUGACAAAGAGACUGGUCGACCGAAGGGCUUUGGUUUUGCAGAAUUCGCCGACGCAGACGCCGCAGCCUCUGCAGUCCGAAAUCUGAAUGACUACGAAGUUAUGGGAAGGAAACUGAGGGUGGAUUGGUCGAACGACAAUGGCGCUGGUGAUGCAGCGCCCGCAAGCUACACUGCCCCGCCGGCCCCUACGAAUGGACAACCAGAGCCCGCUCUCGCUCCAUCAUCUAGCGCAUUGCCUCCUCUACCACCAGGUGUCGAUCUUCCGCCGAAUAUUACAUGCCCGGAUGCUAUCUCACGCACCUUGAAUACGUUGCCGGCUCCGCAGCUGCUCGACAUACUCUCGCAGAUGAAGGGGUUGGUUACAACAGAUCCAGCGAAGGCAACGGAGCUGCUGCGUCAAGCGCCGCAACUGGCUUAUGCCAUCUUCCAGUCGCUCCUUCUGCUCAAUCUUGUAGACACGAAUUCUCUUGGUCAGUUUAUCGACCAAGGCACUUCUGCACCCCCAGCUGCCGCCGCACCUGCACAACAACCACCUGCACCCCAACCACCGCGAAACUUCCCUGUGUAUCCCCCACAACCCGUUCCGACACCUCCAACUCACGUGCAACCACCGGCACCGGCUUACAAUAUUCCGCCCCCGACUCAGGCCCCACAACCGCCUCAACCGGCGAUGGACCAGGGCCACUUGUACGCCAUGAUUAUGAACAUGCCGCAGUCGGAUAUCGAUCAACUUCCACCAGACCAACGCGCGCAAAUCAUGCAGAUCCGGCAGGGCUUGAUUCAGCAAGCUGGUGCUCGGUAAUAGAUAUACGGUUCACCGGCGCGUCAAGGUGGCCUCCGGUUCAUAUUCUGGAGCUCGGCGUUAAAGGCACUGAAAGCGCGGCGUUGGAUAGGCCGGCUUAAUAAAUGGGAUUAUACUGGAUCUUGGGCCACUUCGGGACGUGCGAAACGUGGUGACAUCUGUACCAAUACCCAAAAACUUAUUAUCAGGGAAAAGUCGGAGGUUGCGUGGGGAAAGAGCAUGCCUGGUUGGGCU